UGCCCAAAAUGUAGCCUCGGUAAGCAGUUCACUGUUUAGAGAUACAGACAACAAGUGAGUGGACAAUUAGAUCUCAGCGAAACCGGUGCUUUUUGUAUUCAUCGAUUAAAUCAGAAGAGACUCAAAAGCGAUGAGAGGAAAAUCAGAGCUGAGACUCUGGAGGAGUUAAAACUUUCGGAGUUUGGGAACUCAGCGACUUCUUUGUGUUGAAGCUCGUGAAUCAUUACAUGGAUGGUGAAGUGGACUCUCUUAUUUCCCGCUGACGUUCAGAGAAGUGAGUCAGAGGCGCGGGGAAGGUGAGCGUUGAGGGAGGUUGUGAUGAGCUGUCAGGUGGGUGACUCACAGGAAUGACAUUAUCCAGUAAAUAUCAGCGGAAGGUUAACGCGGUUGAUGGCUUGAUUGAAAGAUUUGCAAAGCAUAUGAUGAUGAAGUUGCAGUCAUGCCAGGAGCAUCUGUUCACGUCGAGAUGAGACUCUGUUUGAACUUGUAGAGACGCUGGAAUACGACGGCUGGCGGCUUAUGUAGGGCUCACGUUAAACACACACACACACACACACACACACACAAUGAUGCAACAUCCAGGAUGUGAGAUUUCCUACCAGAAAAGCAUGCAUGAUCAUACAAAGCUGUUUCCUUUGGAAGCCUGUUUCUGCCACAGGAUAAAAAAUAAAAAGGAUGUUCGCAGGCUGUUAUGCUGAUGUAUUCAGUACGGACACGCUAAUGGAGUCUUUGGAGCGACGGCUACAGAGGCCUCUCUUGGCCAAAUCCAGGACAUUACCCAGCAUCCCUCAGUCCCCAGCCUCCGUCCGUGUGCAGCAGUCGGAGAACAUUUGUGAACGUCAGCGGCGUCCGCGUGUUCCCUCCAGCCCUGGUGGUCUUGAGGCGUGUACCCUGCCUCCUGCAGGCGAGAUGUGGCGGCUGGAGGAUGAAAAUGAGGUUGUUGACCCGCGGCUGCGCUCUCAGUCGCCCUUCUCACAUUUCCGGCGGCGGGCAGCGUAUCUGAGGAAAAGCAUCUCGGCCGAUGAUCACCUGGGAGAGGCGGAGUUUGAAGCCGCACAGCCGGAGGGGCGGAGCUUCGCCGAUCCCAAAGUCAAACUGAAGAGGAAGUUUAGUCUGGGCUCCAUCGACAGGAAGGGAACGCGGCAGAGAAGGACUGAGUCUGGGAUCGUGAAGUUCACCCAGAGACUUUCUUUGAAGGACAAACACUGCAAGGAGGACAGGAGUCAGUCGUCCAGACCUCCGGCCUACAGGAGGCGCUCUCUCAGCGUAGACUGGGCCGAAUCCAAAAUGACUCAACAGAUUCCCGACCCCCAUCCUCUGAUUCCACGCAAAUACUCCAGCACGUCAUGUUCGUCUCCGCCGAGCGCCGCGCGACGUCUCUACAGAAACCUGUCUGGAAAGUUCCGCACGGCCAACUUGGCUCUGGAGGAUGCAGUGCUCCCGAUCCAGUCGGACAAGGACCAUUCGCACAAAACCACCGUGUUCCAGGGAAACGAGGCUCUGUUUGAAGCUGUGGAGCAUCAGGAGCUGGACGUGGUGGAGUCUCUGUUGAACACCUUCAGUCUGGAGGAGCUGGACUUAAACACACCCAACAGUGAAGGACUGCUGCCGCUCGACAUCGCCAUCAUGACCAACAACGUCCCCAUGGCCAAACUUCUGCUGAGAGCCGGGGCCAAAGAGAGUCCCCACUUUUUAAGUCUUGAAGGCAGAUCCGCUCACCUGGCCUCGCUGGUGCAAGAGGCGGAGCAUCGCAAAGCAGAGCUGGUUGCCCAGGUGACGGGGGAGGAGCCUGGGGAGGGGGUGGAGUCAGACAGAGAGAGGCAGCUGAAAACCUGGGAAUGGAAGCUCCGCCUCUACAAACGCAUGCAGACGGGAUACAUACACGCCAGUCCUCCUGAGCCUCCCAGCGUCGUCAAUCUAUCUGUCAGCAGUAGCACCAGUCUCAGAGUUUACUUCCAAGAGCCUCUCUGUCACAACUCUGCUGUGAUUACCAAAUACCGCGUGAGCUGGAGCAGCGCUCCUUCAUUUACUCCAUUACUGGGUGAGACGGUCAUUGAAGACGUGACUCAGCUCCAGUAUGACAUCACUGGACUUCCAGCGGGCACAUGCUGUUAUGUCCAGGUCUCAGCAUAUAAUAUGAAGGGAUGGAGUUCACCUCAGAUAUCUGAACCUGCUUGUGCUACAGUCUCCAGUUGGAGGGAGGUGGAUGGUCUUCUGCCGCGCCAGCAGGGUCUGAAAGAGGCGUUAGAGCAGCUCCUGGGGCAAAUUAAAGGGGCGCACCGUCACUGUGCCUGCCACGAACAAUGCAAAGCCCCGUCGAACACCAGGAAACACUCAGUCUCUAAAAGUCUGAGGCAUCUCUUCCAGCCCACCAGCAAAUUUGUCAAAAAUCUGAAAAGAGGUCUUUAUCUGGCCUGUAUAUUUUAUAAAGAUGAAAACCUUCUGGUGACUCCAGAGGAUCAGCUGCCUGUCGUCGAGGUGGACGACUCGUACAGCUGUCACGCUCAGGAUUUACUCUGGUUCACAAAGGUGUCACAUCUGUGGGAGGAGCUCACCUGGAUGCAGCAGUGCAUCAGUCCUGCACACGCCUCCAGUUCCUGCACGCUUCAGAUGCGCCUCAAACUGCUGCAGGCGGCUGCGCAGCUGCAGGCGCUCCUGGGCACAGUGGAUCUGGGACAGGUGUAUUUUGAGCCCAUCAAGGACAAGCACGGUAACGCUGUGUUAGUGCUGAUGAAGGACAUGAGCGCAUGCGUGCCGCUGGAAGGCGUUCGCUGGAUUCCCGUCAGUAAAUUCCAGCUGCAGCGCAGGUCUUCCUCUUCUUCAUCAGAUGAGCCCAGCGCACUGGAGACGCUUCUCACCUCACUGCAUGAGAAGCUGGCGUAUCACCGGCGCAGCAGGAAGUGUCUGUCUCCAGGCCUGUAUCUGGGAUACCUGAAGCUCUACACCUCGGUGGACCAGAUCAGGAUGCUGGUGUCACACAAACACCCAAACGUGCUGUGCCACGUCAAAAUACGAGACAACGGCCACGUCUCCAGGGAAGAAUGGCAGUGGCUUCAGUCGCUGAGUUCGCUGGAGGACAGCGCAAAGGUUUGUGACGAUGUCCAGAGCGCUCCACAUCGCCUCCUACUGGAUCUGCGGAGCGCCGCUAAAGAUUUACUCGGCUACAUCAACGUUCCCAACCUCCAGGCGCAGGAUUUCCGUGUGUAUGUGAAGGAGGUGGUUGAGUUGGGAGGGGGCGUGUCCUUCCUGUUGCUCCUCCCACCGUGUGAGGAGGUGUGUUCACCGCCCGGACAGAACCAUCUCUACUCGCCGCGCUCGGGAUUCUUCACCCUGCCGCUGCAGAUCUUUGAGUUAGUUCAUUUCGAGGCCUACUGCCCCAGUUUCAUCGGCCUGUACUGCCGUGUGUCGGCUCUGCUGGCUCUGGAGUCCCUGAUGUCCCAGCAGACUCUGCGUGAGGCGUUCUCUGAGUCCGAGCUCUUCGCUGCCAAGCAGAAACAUCAGCAGGUUGAGGAAUAUUUGCAGCAUCUGGAGGAGCUGUGGCGUGAUGCGCGGUGGAUGGUGGUGCUCCAGUCGGCUCGGUAUAAACAUCAGAGCUCUGGAGUGAGCCUGGCCUGCAUUAUAGACUUCUCCAAAGAGAGUAUUCCAGAGAAACAAGCUUCCACUUCCUCUCAGCUGGACUACCUGCCCUCACCGACCCCGUCACCAGAGAGCACACGCAAACACAACGAUUGCCAGGGUCUGUCGGAUGAGGAUAACUCAUCGGAGGUGUUCCUCACCACUGACAGCGAGUACAGCUCCAGUGUGGCCCAGAGCACCAGAGAGCUGGACCUGCUCCCACCGUCUCCCACCAGCUUCAGGUCCGUGGCGUCCACACAGCCUUCCUCCUCCUCGCAGUCCUCGCCUCGCUCCUCUCAGCCGGACGUGCUGCAGACCGGAGGAGGGGUGAGCAGACGCGAGCACAUGAGCGCCUUCGACAGCGACUUCAUCCUGCCGAGCCGUCAGAUCGAGCUGCUGCGGGUCACCGAGAAGAGAACGGCGCUCUGCGUCCGCACCAGCAGUCUGGAGUACCCGCCUCCCCUCUCCACGCCAGCCACGCCCACCAGCUCCUCCAAUCAGAAGCGCUGGACACGCCCCUCCUCCUUCGACCUCUGCUUCUCCGCUCCCGAGCCCCGCCCCGCGCCGGUGCGCACCCUAUCAGAGGACAGCGGCGUCCAGCGACUCUCCGCCGGCUCCCCUCUCCGACUAUGCCACAGCACACUGAGAGUUUACCCACAAUACCGCACAGGCUUACCCAAAGACACCAGUGUCAAACUGCGCGUGACUCCAGAGACGUCGGCUAAAGAGAUGGUUGGUCUGGUGGUCCAGGAGAUCAACGCCGUGUGCCGUCACCUGCAGAACGCAGCGCAGCAGCGCACCUGUGCCCCGGCUCAGUGUGGAUACCCGUCCUGUGCAUCUGAGGUGUGUGUGUAUGACAGCGAGCAGCUCCAACACUUCGGCCUGGUUCUGCUGGUGGAGGGGAGAGAGAAAUGGCUACAGGACGAUUUCUGCCCGCUCAAGCUACAAAACCCAUGGACUCGCGGCAAACUCUGCGUCCGCUUCAAAGAGUAUUCCCCGCUCGCGCUGCAGCACAGCAGAGCCACGACUGUUUGAUCACGCAAACCUGUAAAUACACACACACACACAUACACACACACACACUGGCUGAAGUGCAUAGACUACUGGUGUUCUGCUACUUGUUUGUUUCGUUCUUGAAUCACUUCAUGAUCUCUUAAGGUUCAUGAUUAGCUAAGCGGCUUCGCCAGGACUGGGUUUUAUUCACACUAACCUUAUGACAAAAUCACCUUCAAGUGCUGAUCACUCACUAGAAAGAGUUCAAGUCAACAUGAAAUCAAAACUUAUGAACUUUCUAUUCAUCAAAGAAUCCUGAAAAUAAAACGUUGCAUGGUUUCUACAAAAAACUAAAACAAUGAAGAAGCACAUCUGUUUCCAACAUCGAUAAUCAUCAGAAAUGUUUCUUGAGCAUCAAAAUCCUCAUAUUAUUCUGAUUUCUGAAGAUCAUGUGACACUGAAGACUGGAGGAAUGAUGCUGAAAAUACAGCUGUGCAUCACAGGAAUAAAUUACAGUUUACAAUAUAUUACACUAGAAAGCCAUUAUUUUAAAAGGUAAUAAUAUUUCACAAUAUUAUUACAAAAUGUACUGUGGUUUUAAUCAAAUGAAUGCAUCCUUUGUAUGCAGAAGAGACUUACAAAUUGGAAAGUGUUUUUACACCAAUACAAGUACGUGUGUGUCUGUGUGUGUAUACAAUAUAUAUAUAAUUUUUUUUUAAUUCACAGUUUCAGGAAAACUGCAAACAACAUAUUGAUAAAAACAUAUUAUUAAAAAAGCAUAUUCUUGUAAAAUAUUCUCCAAUAAUCUUACUUUGAAACUUCAAGCAAUCAUUUUUUGCAUUGUACUACUCUAUGAAAUAAAACACUUGUCUAGGAAAUCCAUCAUACUACUGAGGUACAUUUGGCAUUUGAUGUUGAUUUGAACUCUUUAGAUGGAUAACAUCAGCAUCAUCAGCAUCCUAACACUCGAGUGUGUCUUUAUCGGCUCGUUUGAUUCAGUGCCACUGAAGCAGAAGGUGCAAGUUCAGUCUGGACAGAAGCUCUUCCAUACGGAUUCAGAAGUGAAAUGUUUACAGCUCGCCGACGGUGGUUUGAAAUCACCAAACAAACGUGACGUCAUGAUUUUUGAUCAACAUUCUUCCUCAGGAUAACGUUAAACCCUUCCACCGAAUUGUACACACACAGAGCCGGCGGUCGGACUCAUCCAAACUGUGAAUACUCCAUUGGGAUUCUCCCAUGAGCAAAAUACACUGAACAUUUCUGUAAGCCAUGCACUUGAGAAUGAAAGCAGCAGCAGAAACCCCAGAUUUGGUUGUUUGUGACUGAACGAACAAUGCUCUGACAGACUCUUCCUGUUUCUAACGUUCCAGUAGCAUUUGAGGAGCGGUGACGUUGUUGUAGUGCGGUGAGUUUAUUCUGGAUAUUGUGUUUACCGUCUCUGUUUGAUGGACAUGCACGAGUGCGAAGUAAACGUUUUGGUGCAAUAAUAUUUGACACUGUAGCUCGGAAGCAGAUUUCUCUUCCGGAUGAACGUUGAUUUGUGGAAUCAUGUACAAAUACACACUUGAGCUGAUGCACAA